UCAGCACAGGUCCCUAUUUUGUACACGACAGAAACUUUAAUCUCAUGACUGUGUAAACCUGAACUGGGGCUGUGCAAGUUUCAGCUGGCGAGUCUUCCUUGCAGCUGGAGGAUCUGUGCACUUGAACCCGAUUUGGUCUUUCGGAAUCUUGCAUGGAUGUCAUCCUCUUUUCGCUCUCCCGUUACUCUUCUAAAUCCAUUUCCCUGGAAGGACCGGCUAAAUUGCAGGGGCCCUUGGAUUCUCAGCAAAAUAGUUUACCUAUUAAUGAAACCCACAAAAUUUACAGACACAAGCUGGAGGAAUUGACAAGCUUGCAGGGGGCUUGCAGCAGUUCUAUCCAGAAGCAAAAACAGAGACUGAAGGAGUUGCAGUAUAAAUUUCAAAGAUGCAAGAGCCAGGGCGGUUUAGAAACGGAGCUCAUCCUGCAAAUAAACAACCAGAUCAGAGACCGCCAGAACGCUUUCUUUGACAUGGAAGCCUACUUGCCGAAGAAGAACGGUCUGUACUUAAAUCUGGUGUUGGGGAACGUUAAUGUCACUCUGCUAAGUAACCAGGCCAAGUUUGCCUACAAAGAUGAAUAUGAAAAAUUCAAACUAUACUUGACCAUCAUCCUGUUGCUUGGAGCAGUUGCCUGUCGAUUCGUUCUCCAUUAUCGGGUCACUGAUGAAGUGUUCAACUUCCUUUUGGUUUGGUAUUACUGCACGCUGACAAUAAGAGAAAGUAUCCUCAUCAGCAAUGGAUCAAGGAUUAAAGGCUGGUGGGUGUCCCAUCAUUACAUCUCUACGUUCUUAUCUGGUGUGAUGCUCACAUGGCCAGAUGGUCUAGUGUACCAAAUGUUCCGCAACCAGUUUCUAGCUUUUUCCAUUUUUCAGAGCUGCGUCCAGUUCCUUCAAUAUUAUUAUCAAAGUGGGUGCCUUUAUCGACUUCGUGCGUUAGGGAAAAGAAACCACUUAGAUCUCACAGUGGAGGGGUUUCAGUCUUGGAUGUGGCGAGGACUGGCGUUUCUCCUCCCAUUUCUGUUCUUUGGACAUUUUUGGCAACUCUACAACGCGAUCACACUUUUUGAACUGUCAAGGCACAAGAAAUGUAAAGAAUGGCAAGUUUCGGUACUUGCUCUCACAUUUCUGAUCCUCUUCCUCGGCAACUUCCUCACCACUCUGAAAGUUGUGCAUACAAAAUUCCAGAAGAACAAAACCAAGAAGUUGUGAAACAGGAAGGCUGAACUUGGGGGUAGUACAAAGUUAAUGUGGGAUGGAGGUCUGGUUCCUUUUGGCCUUCUCUGCAGAUAGGUGUGCGUUCCAACCAGUUCUCCAGCUUCCUCACCGUCCCUCUGCUAAGCAAAGCCGUGGAGGAAAUUCCACUCAACGUCCAGCUGUCUUCCAAAAACUGACUGAUGUGUCAAUGCUGCUGUCUCCUCACUGAUGAAUGACCUGUUUAUAUAUUUAUAGUGAAUGCAAACCCCCAACUUUUGGGGAGGAUCCAGCCAUAAAGUUGGCCCUCUCUGGGAAGGACAUGGAUGGGAGUUGUUGGGUUUUUUUUAAAGGAGAUAGAGAAUUAUUCUGGAAUAAAGCAAGCUUUAAUUGUAUUGCUGUUCGAAGUGCCAGGGUUGGGGAGAUGUUUGUGCUUGCUUGAAGCUAUCCAGUCAGAUAGCUACUCAGUCUCUUAGAACCUUGUCUAGUUGCUUGAAUAGGUGCCCAACAUCUGUCUGUUUGCAAUCAGUUGAGGGGGGGAAUGUGUGACUUGUGGCUCCGAAUGCCCAGACUGCUUAUAUGAUAUAUGCGGGAGCCUCCAGUCCUUCUUUGACAUUUAUUUCAGCAAACUUCUUCAGCAAGGAUGGGAGAUGAGGAAUUACAAAAGCUUCUUGCAGACCAAUGAAUAAUCUCAGUUUGUUUCUGGCUUUGUUGACCCAAAGAUUGCAUGAAUGUUUCCCAUAUUCAGAUUUCCUUCAACUUUCUUUGCGCCUCAAGCGGGAGAAGAUGGCAAAUAAAGAACAGCUCCGGCAGCUUUCUUUCCCCUCUCGGUGAUUCUGUGACAUAACUUUUUAGUUGUAGAACGCAUUCCUUGCGAGGCAUUUUAAGGUUAGAUGUAAAGAGUUUGGGGAGAACCUGGAUUGCUGGGUAUUCCUAGUCUUCCUGACACAGAUGAGGCUACCUUUCCCUGAUAAAAAGAGAGCUGUGGAAAUGACAGAUGCAUGUUGGAAUCCAAGACAAAACUCCUCUUUGCUUUUAUGCGUGCUACGCACCUGGGCAAAUUCUGCUGAUUAAAAUCUGAAUUAUUUGAUAUAUGCUAUAAACCGAUUUUUCCCCUGCGUAAAUUAACUGAUUCAGUAACCUUACGAUUUAGAAAUGAUAGCCCAUUACAGUCCUAUCCUCUUAUU